GAGAGAGAGAGAGACCCUUAAUGUAAUAUAAAAGGAAUCUGAGGCUUCAACUGUGAACCAUAGACUGCAAAAUCCAACAAGAGAGAGUAAAGGCAUACGAAAUGGAAGGCUGGAGAGUGAUGAUGAUGAUGGUGACGGUGACCAUGAUGAUGAUGAGUGUAUCAUCAGCCGCUGGAGAAGACCUGUUGGACGUGGCCAAGCUCCCAAUGUUUGUCGACGAACUUCCGAGACUGCCGUCUCUCCCAGGCUUCCGUGUGGCCGAUGGUGCUCCCAAGCCCACCUCUCUUCGCAUCGGCAUGUUCCUCAAGAAAUGGAAAUUCCACAGAGACUUGCCACCGACGCCGGUGUUCGCAUUCGGUACAUCGAGGAGCAGGGCGACGGUACCAGGUCCCACGAUCGAAGCCGUCUACGGCGUAGACACGUACGUCACGUGGGAAAAUCACCUCCCUUCAUCGCACAUCCUCCCGUGGGACCCCACCAUCUCCCCAGCAAUCCCCAAGCACGGGGGAGUGCCGACGGUGGUCCACCUCCACGGUGGCAUCCACGAACCCCCCAGCGACGGCAACUCAGCCGCCUGGUUCACCGCCGGUUUCAGAGAAACGGGGCCCACUUGGACCCAAGCGACGGCUCACUACGAGAACAAGCAACAGCCUGGUACCAUGUGGUACCACGACCAUACCAUAGGGUUGACCAGAGUCAACCUCGUCGCCGGCUUGUUUGGUGCCUACGUUCUCCGUCACCACGCCCUCGAGGGCCCUCUCCGUCUCCCCACCGGUCACGAGUUUGACCGCCUCUUGGCGGUCUUCGACCGUAGUUUCCGUACGGACGGUUCCAUAUACAUGAACGCCACCGGAAACAACCCCUCCAUACACCCGCAGUGGCAACCUGAGUACUUCGGCGAUGCCAUCAUAGUCAACGGCAAAGCCUGGCCCCGUUUGACUGUUCGACGGCGUAAGUACAGAUUCCGUAUCAUUAACGCCAGCAACGCUAGGUUCUUCAGAUUGUUCUUAUCCAAUGGCCUGGAUUUCACGGUCGUGGGGUCGGACUCUGCUUACCUUGCAAAACCAGUGGCCACAAAGUGGCUUCUGCUGGCGCCGUCGGAGAUAGCGGACGUGGUGGUUGACUUUGCAAGGUCAGCAUCCACGACGGCAAUCCUCGCCAACGAUGCACCGUAUCCGUACCCGGCGGGGGAUGCGGUGAACGAAGAGAACAGCAAGGUGAUGAAGUUCAUAAUAAAGGGGGAAGCAGAGGUUGACACGUGGACUAUUCCGGAGAAGCUGAUCGAGUACCCGCUGGCUGACGUGUCAAGUGCGGCCCUCACGCGUUACAUCACCAUGUACGAGUACGUGAGCGACACUAACGAACCCACCCAUCUCUAUGUCAACGGCUUGCCCUACGACGCCCCCGCCACCGAAACCCCCAAGGCUGGCACGUCUGAGGUGUGGAACGUGAUAAAUCUGACGGAGGAUAAUCAUCCGCUGCACAUUCAUCUGGGACUUUUCAAAGUGUUGGAGCAGAGGGCGCUGGUGGAUGCAGAGGCGUUCAAGGCGUGCAUGACGAAGCGCAAUGAUGCUAUCAAGUGCCACGUCAGCAGAUACGCACGUGGGGAAAAGACAGAGGUGGCGGCGCACGAGCGUGGUUGGAAAAACGUGUUCAAGAUUAUGCCCGGGCAUGUCACCUCUAUCCUCCUCAGAUUCUCGUACAUCCACUCCAAUGCCUCUUACCCUUUCGAUCCCACCGUGGAGCCUGGCUAUGUCUACCACUGCCACAUAUUGGACCACGAGGACAAUGUGAUGAUGAGGCCUCUUAAGCUCGUCGAGUGAUGGUUGCCUGGAAUGUAUAUGUGAACUAUCAUUAUACACGUGAUAGUUGUAACUUUCUGUUAUAAAUUAUAAUGUCAAGAUUUGCAUUAAUCGGUGAAGGUUUAUUUUGUCAGACGAAUAAAACAUGCAGUAAACAUUUUCUGUCUGGAAUGCGGGAAGGCGAAGGGAAACGACAAGCCUUGUUAAAAAAAAAAUGGACGCAUUUUGUAAGGGUUACAUUGGACUUUGGGUUAUCUGAAGAUUCGCCGUGUGUUUUUUUUAUAUAUUAAAUAUAAAUAUAUUAUGAUAACAUCAA